AUGGCCAUCAUCCUGGGAAAAGAGGGGCUACGGUCGGAGGGCGGAGGACGUCGGCGCCUUGCACGGCGUGAUUUCUUGCAGGUCGCCUGCGGUCUCGCAAUUUUGUUGCUUGGAGGUUGGCACUGGUUCGCACAGGACACGAAGGUAGCAAGCGUGUCGACUGCGCCGCUUUGCGGCCGAAUCAAUCCCAUCGCGCCUGCAUUCAAUAAAUCUCUAGAUAGGAUAUUCCACGAUCCUGUUUUCAAGCGCGACUCCAUCAAGCGGUUGUCGGGCGCCAUCCAGAUCCGCACCGAGAUUGGGGACGUUCACCCUGCGCCGGCAGACGACCCAGAGUACUACGCAGAGUUCUAUAAGUUUCAUGCGUAUCUGGAAACCACAUUCCCCCUCGUCUACGAGCAUCUCCAGGUGGAGGUUGUGAACAAGGUCGGACUGGUAUACACCUGGGGCGGCUCAGAUGCUGCCCUUAAGCCUCUGCUGUUGGCAGCACAUCAAGACGUAGUCCCUGUCAACCGCGACACCUGGGAGCAGUGGAAUCACCCCCCCUUCGACGGAUUUUACGAUGAAGACACGGACACUCUAUGGGGGCGUGGGACUAUAGAUUGCAAAAACCUGCUCAUCGGAACGCUUGAGGCGGUAGACCUGCUAUUGAGGGAUGGCUUCAAACCCACCCGUACCGUGCUGCUUGCCUUUGGCUUCGACGAAGAAUCAACUGGCAAGUAUGGCGCCGGCGAAAUAGCCCAACACUUGGAAGAGCGCUAUGGCAAGAACGGCAUUUAUGCAAUAGUUGAUGAGGGCAACGGGAUUCUUCCGGCAUCCGACAGCCUUUACUUCGCUGCACCGGUCACAGGCGAAAAAGGAUAUGCAGACUUUGUUAUCACGGUUCAUGGGCGCGGUGGCCAUUCCUCAGUCCCCCCCGAGCACACUAAUAUUGGUAUUGCUGCCAAACUGAUCAGUCUGCUCGAGGACAACCCGUCGGAAUUAACGUUUUCCGCCAGUAAUCCCGUCUACGGCGUGCUAACCUGCUAUGCGGAACACGACAACUCUCUCCCAGAAAUUGUGAGGCGGGCCAUACUCAAUGCGCCACAUGACUCGGGCGCCGCUGCGAAGCUGCUAGAAUUUUUGGCUACCCAGCAUCUUUACCGCGACCUAAUGCGUACCUCACAGGCAGUUGACAUCAUACGUGGGGGCGUUAAGGCAAACGCUUUGCCGGAGGAGGUAAGCUUUCUAAUUAACCACCGUAUCGACGUUACAUCCAAUGUAGAAACUGUGCUUGCCAGGAAUGUGAGGCAAAUACAGGCUGUGGCUGAGAAGUAUGGAUAUGGUGUUGUCAUAGGUGACGAGGAGCUUGCCCCGAAGACCGAGCUGGGCUAUAUUGCUCUAGAAGUGAGUAAUGCCUUCCCGCCUGCUCCUGUUUCACCAACGCACGGCUCAGAAGUGUGGGAUCUGUUUGCUGGAACCAUUCAGGAUGUCUACGAAAACCGCGUGUUCGCCGACCGCGACGUAGAGUUCUAUGUCGGUCAGUCCCUGUUCAGUGGUAACACUGACACCAGACAUUACUGGAACCUAACGGAAAAUAUCUAUCGCUUCAUGGCAAUUCAGCUGACAGGGGAGGUGCUGUCUGUGAUACACUCCGUGAACGAACACCUAAACUUUACGGAUCAUCUUUCAACCGUGGGCUUCCUCUACGAGUAUAUCGUAAAUACUAAUGAACACACUUAA